AUGGCCUCUGCUUCUGCGAAGUCACAGGCUUUGGCCAGAGUGGGUCGAAAGCACUUUGUGAGCCAACGAGCUUUGGAAGCAGUUCUGCGAGAGGUGGAGCAGAACCCAGAAGUCCUCGGCUCCUCCAGGGGAUCCAUCAAGCGAUCAAGAGACGAGCAUGUGGACGUGGAAACUCCAUAUGGAAAGUUGCUCGGCAAGCUGCUGGUCCCAGUGAAGCACAAGAAGGGCAUCAAGAACCUGCAGCUUCCCGUUCUAAAUUUGCAAGCCUUUCUGUGGUACAUGUGCAGCAUGGUGCCGUGCAUGUCUGCAUUUAUGCAGCAACGACUGGCCCUUCAUCCAAGCACAGCCGACCGAAAAUGGAGGCUUUGCUUAUACGUCGACGAAAUCUCGCCAGGCAACCCCUUGCGACCUCUCAACACCAGGAAAAUUCACGCCUACUAUGCCAGCUUCGUGGAACUUGGCCCGGAAGCUCGAUGUCAGGAACGGUUUUGGUUUUGUGUUUGCCUGGCUCGCACCAGUGUUGUCAACUCCAUCGUCGGAGGCUUAUCAGGCCUGACACACAAGAUUCUCGACAGCCCAGACAUCAAAAACUUGGCGAAUGGCUGCCUUCUUACGAUGGGACCUACGAGCCAAAGCGAGAAGUAUCUUUUCUUUGCUGAAAUGCAUACGAUGGUGGGGGACGAGGCAGCCUUGAAGAUGGUCUUCGACAUCAAGGGGGCCUCAGGCACGUUGCCCUGCGGCCUAUGCACCAAUCUUGUGUCCAGGCUCCAAGAACAUGACCGAACUGGGACAUUGUUGCCACUCCACACGACUGACCAUACCCUGCUGCGAUCGGUCUCAAACGAGAGUGCAUGGCAAACCCAGGCUUUGUUGAUCUCGCGAGAAGCGACGAUGACAAAGAAGGACUUCGGUCAGCUCCAGCAGAGCCUCGGGGUCAACUGCAAUCCCCAUGGUGUUCUGGCGCACAGAUCCUUGGGCAUCAAGAGUAGCUUGAUGUACGACUGGAUGCACAUCUAUCUAGUCAACGGUCUCUACCACCAAGAAGUGGGUAGACUUUUGCCCAAACUUUACGAAUCUGGCCAUUCGGCAGACAGCAUCUUGUCGUUCAUGGAAAGCUUCGCUUGGCCCCACAACUUGACAUCCAGGAGGAACGAGACGUUGCAGUGCUUUCAAAAGAAGAUCUCCCCUGACGAGUUCAGGGCAUCAGCGUCUCAAAGCCUGAACUCCUAUCCUUUGCUUCGGCUCUUCGUCUUGGGUUUGGGUGUGAUGGACUGCAGUGCUUUGAUCGGGGCUGUGAAGUCUUUCCUCAAACUCUGCCUCGUGCUUGACCUCUUGGUCGAUGGCAACCGUGGCAAUCCUUUAGAGGCUGACACUCUGCAUAAUGCAGUUGUGGAUCAUCUCCAGGCUAGUCUCGCAUCGCAUGGUGAGCUUGGUGUCGUACCCAAGUUUCACUAUGCUUUGCAUCUCGGCUUGAUAGCCAGGGAGAAAGACCUCAUCUCGUGCUUUACUCACGAGAGAAAGCACCGAGAAAUAAAACGGAAGGCAAACCAACUGCACAAUCCUCAGCACUGGUUCGAGGAAGCCGUCCUGAAGGAUGUCUGGGGCACAGCUCUGCUCGAACUCGAAGGCACUGCUACUGUGCAACCACACCUGGUGGCACCGAAGCUGGAUCCUGCAGUAAAUACCUCUUCUUGCACCUUUUCCGUAAAGAAAGCAGCAUCGCAGCAGCUGCAGGCCCUCUUGGUGGCAGAGUUUGGCUUCAAGGCUGUCGGAGGUGCAGAGGUCGCCACGAUCGCACAGGUCGCAGCAGGCCAAACGUGCCAGACAGGCGACAAGGUGUUGUUGAAGAGCGGCGAGGUCGUGGAGGUCUGCCUACACUGCAGACUUCCCGAUGGUCUUUUGACGACACUUUGCUAUCUUCUGGAGCCUCUGGGUCGGAAUCGCUUCAAGCUUGCGACCCAAGGCCAUUUUCGUGCAAGCUCAGACAUCAAGCGAACGUGCUUGUGGCGAUGGGAGAUGGGACUGAUCACGGUUGUGCCUUGA